CAAGAAGAGGCGUUGACGAAGGCGUGGGUACAUUGUUCUACCAACAAAAAAAAGGGCAAUCAACAAAACCGCGAAAGUUUUUGGCGUAAAAUUUUAGAGCAUUUUAACAAAACUAUCGGUGGAAGUAACCGGACCGUUCAUCAAGUACGGUCUAAAUGGAACCCGAUGAUGGCGAAAAUAAACUUUUUCAACGGCCUAUACCAACAAGCGGAUCGCACACGAGGAAGCGGAUGUAAGGAUCUCGACGUGAUGAAAGUCGCGUUAAAAGAAUUUAAAGAAAGAUUUCCAAGCGGUUUUCAACACAUCGAGGCGUGGGAGGUCGUUCGAAGACACGAGAAAUGGGCCCAAGUCCCAUUGAUGGGUGAGGAAGGUGAAGGUUCGGCACAUAAAAGAAAGCCCGUUGACGUGGACCUUUCGAUACCGGAUAUGAACGAAGAUCCCUCGCCACAAAGAGCACAACGGCGAGACAAGCGUCAAGCUACAUCGUCCGAGGGAAGCUCGGCCGAGUUGGCGGCACAAUUCAAAGUGUACACCGCCAUGAAAGAAGCGAAGCAAGCGGUAGAAUUGGAGGCGAUCGAAUUGAGGAAAAAAAGAGAGUCGGAGGCUCGCGAGCUCAUAUCGGCACAACUCGAGACGAUGAAAAACUACAAUUACGAUCGAGAUAUGAAAACAUUCCUUAAGCCGCACGACGAUGUUCCGCCAAGUAUGUUGCCGUUCAUCCUCGCCCGAAAGCGAGAAAUCGCUAACAAGUACGGGUGGCCAUGCGAUUUCUAAAAUUUUAAUUUUCUAGUUUUAGUGUAAUUUUUAUUUUCUACUUUGAAUGUGUUUUUUAUUUUCUACUUUGAAUGUGUUUUUUAUUUUCUAUUUGAAUGUAUUUUUUUUAAAUUUAA